AUGGCUCCUCCCAGGGGUAAAGGUCCUAAAAGACAUGCGAAAGGAUCUAGAGCUCCCGUCAAACGGAAAAAUGGCUUUGCGACCUCGCGCCUUGACGAAGUAGAUUCGGACGCAUCGUCUGCGGCAGAUGAAUUCCCGACCGGAGACCUUUCAGAAAACGAGAUGGAUCACGAAGAAGCGGGGGAUGACGCCUCCGACAGCGAGGAAGAAGACCUGAACGCGGGUCAGUCAUACAACGAAUUGCUGCAGCUUCUGCAGGCCACCGACUCCAAGGGACCCGCUCGUAAGAAGAGAAAGGUCGAACAUAAGGAAGAGAAGGUCAAGAAGCUCAAGACCGAUGCGGUCGUAGAGGGAGCGGAGGAGGAGGAGAAGGAAGAGGAAGAGGAAGCCGUCGCAAACGAUUUGGAACAACAAGAACCUUCGGACGAGGAGGACGCCAACUUGGAUGAAGCCAAUGCCGAUGAGCAGGAUAGCGAUACAGAAGAUGGAACCGAUCCGUUCGAAUCGCAUUUUGCCAAUCCGAAAGAAGCAGACUUGACCAAGAAAAUCCAAGCGGUUGAGGCGAAGAAAUGGACGACCGCGAAGAAGGAGACAGAGGGUCUGCGGCUAGUGCGCAGUGUCCCAGAGGGAGCUGAGGCGUCGUUCCUCCCGACUAUGAAGAGCCUCGCCAAUGUCAAGCUCAAACGUAAACUACAGACUACAGCGAAAGACGCCAUCCCAUCUAUCAGCGGGCACGCCCAGCAUCUUGCGCCUUACGUCUUCGACUACCAGGAUGUGCUAUAUGGCGCCCGAACUACAUCCAACGCCGUCCCCAUGCGCGAUAUUCUCGCAGCCCACGCCACCAACCACGUGCUGAAGACGCGGGAUCGCGUCCUCAAGAACAACCUCCGCGCUGCGAAAGAACAGGAUGCCGACCUCGACCUCCGCGACCAAGGCUUCACACGACCCAAGGUGCUCUAUCUUCUGCCAUCGAAGCAGGCGUGCGUGCGGGUGGUCGAGUCCAUCACCCGACUGUUCCAGCCGGAGCAACAGGAAAACAAGAAACGCUUCUUGGACACCUUCUCGGCGGAAGACGACGUCUCGUGGGACAACAAACCGGACGAUUUCCGCGAGUUGUUUGCCGGGAACAACGACGACAUGUUCCGGCUGGGACUGAAGUUUACCAGAAAGACCAUCAAGUUCUUUGCGCAGUUCUACACGUCCGACAUGAUCCUGGCCAGUCCACUGGGUCUGCGGACCAUCAUGGACCAGGCAGAUGCCAAAAAACGCGACCACGACUUUUUGUCCUCGAUUGAAGUGGUCAUCGUCGACCACGCCGACGCCCUGCAGAUGCAGAACUGGGACCACGUCGACUACAUCCUGAAGCACCUCAACCUGCAACCGAAGGAGGCGCACGGCUGCGACUUCAGCCGGGUGCGGCCGUGGUACCUGGACAACCAGGCGCGGCACGUGCGCCAGCUGAUCAUGCUGGCGGGCUUCAUCACGCCCGAAAUCAACUCGGUGUAUUCAGCGCAGAUGCAGAACGUCGCAGGCAAGGUAAAGGCGACACCCGUGUACGAGGGGGCGAUCUCGGAGCUCCCGCUGCCGGUAUCGGUGAAGCAGACGUUCUCGCGGUUCGACAGUCUCUCGCCGGCGAAAGACCCGGACGCGCGGUUCAAGCACUUUACGACGACGGUGCUGUCGACGCUGGUGCGGCAGAUCACCGCCGGCCGCGGCAAGCACCGCGGCGGCGUGCUGAUCGUGAUCCCGUCGUACCUGGACUUUGUGCGGGUGCGCAACCACUUUGCGACGUCGGCGCAGACGGCCAACCUCUCGUUCGGCGCCAUCUCCGAGUACACGGAGCCGCGCGAGGUGGCGCGCGCGCGCAGCCACUUCAUGAACGGGCGCCACUCGGUGCUGCUGUACUCGGAGCGGUUCCACCACUUCCGGCGGUACCAGAUCCGCGGCGUCAGGCAGGUGGUCAUGUACGGGGUGCCGGAGAACCCGCGGUUCUAUGGCGAGAUGGUCGGGUUCCUGGGGCUGGAUGCGGCGGCGGUGGUGGAAGCGGCCGAGGGCGGCGUGCGGGCGUUGUUUUCCAAGUGGGAUGCGCUGAAGCUGGAGCGGGUGGUCGGCACGAAACGGCUGGGGAACAUGAUGCGCGAGAGGGGGGGAGAUACCUUUACUUUUGUAUAG